CCGUUUAUUUUUUCUGAUCAAAUUGACAAUUUGAUCAUCCCGUCUGGAUGGACUUUUAGGCCUUAUCAUACGUAAACAUAAAUAAUUGUUCUCUUAUUUUAUUCCUUCAUUCAAGUUAAACCGGACAAAAAUGUUAUAGGUGCAAUCAAUAUCUUUAUUGCCUACGUUAACAUAAUAUCAUCACUGUUACAUAAAAUGCCAAUAGAACACAAGUCUUAAAAUGGAAGAAAAGAAUCCUUUGGAACAGACUCCAGUUACUCUACCGAAAAAGGGUCUCCAACGUAAUGCUAGGGGUAGGCCGACAUCCGAAAAAGCUAUAAAGUUUACUCCACAGCCGAAAUCUAUAAUAUCGCGGUUAUUGAGACGAGUAAGAAAACAGAACUGUGAUAAAAUUAACAAAAGAAGCCACUCUGUCAUUCACAACGUUUCUAACAUUAAUUUAACUACGGAAGAUGUUUUUAAUUCUAAAACCGACUCGGUCUUGGAAGAAACCCACUUAUUAAACGCUUAUCAGAGUAUUCCAGGAACUUACGCUGUUGAUGUGGAUGAUAAUCAUGAUCAUUGUAAGAAUAGUUUAAUUGCUGAAGAACAAAAAGAUGUUCAGAAUAAUACAACAACACUUUGGGACAAUAAGUGUGAAGAACCAACACCAAUCACCUGUUAUGUAUGCUCACAUAGAAGCAGCAGCCUACAAGCACACAGAAAGCAUUUAAGCAUUCACAAAAAUCAGCUCUAUGCCUGCAACUUCCCCGAUUGCAAGUACACCUGCAAGUUGUCCUGUAAUCUCAUUAAGCACAGAAGGAUACACACAUCAGAAAAACCAUUUCUUUGUGAUCAGUGCACAUUCAGAUCAAACUUUGCCAAUUCACUGAAAGUGCACAGAAGAAUCCACACAUCUGAAAGACCGUAUGGCUGCCAGCUGUGUAGCUACAGGUGCAACAGCAGUUCUAAUCUCAAGAAGCACUGUCUUCACAGACAUCGCAACAUUUCUUAGGAGAAUAAUUUAGCCAAUUGUUGUAUGUGAAGUGAAAUCUGAGAUGUGAUCAAUAAUAAUAAGAAACAAUCACUAAUUGUAAUAGAAGCUAAAUGAAGUUGGAGUGAAAGUUGCUAGCCUUAAUAUUGAUAAUUAUUUCUUGAAUUCGAAGCACUCCCAGCAUUGUAAUGAUUAAUAAACAUAUUUUACAUAUAUAUGUAUUGUAUAAGUAAUUAUGUAUAAAUUACAAUUAUUUUAUUCCCUGAAAAAUAAAAGACAAGUUUUACA